AUCUGCCGCUCUCCCUUCUCCACUCGCAACGCUUCUUCUAAAUAUGAUUUUGUUAAGGUGAAGGUAUGGUUGGGAGACAAUGCCGACCACUAUUACGUGCUCUCCCGGUUUUUGCUUAGCAGAAUGUUGACUGUCACUAAGAUUCCUAAUCACGUGGCUAUUAAGAUUGCUCUUGAGCUGAAAAAGCUGCUUAUAGAUAAUAGCCUUCUAGACGUCUCCAGUCUGACCUCGAAGCUAACUUAUUUAAGCUCAUGGAGCGGCGAGAUUUCAUCAUCAAAGAGUGCCACUGGUCAUUCUUGUAUGUGGAACUGCAUGUGUUGGAAAAUCGACUAUUGCUACUCAACUUGCACAAAGGCUAAAUUUGCCAAAUGUGUUGCAGGCAGUAUGGUGUACGAGUUACUGCGUACAGCAACAGAUGCGCCAUUAACAUCUUCCCCAGUUUGGGCACGAGAUUUCAGCUCGUCUGAUGAGUUAAUAACUGAAUUUUGCAGAGAGUGUCGAAUUGUCCGCAAAGAAAGCAAUGAAGGAUGGAAACCAAUUAUUAUUGAGGGCAUACAUUUGGACCCUAGUAUUUACUUAAUGAAUGAUGAAAAUAAGUCAUCAACCACGAACCAAGGAAAAGAGGGAGAAAAGACUGAAGGAAAAAUAAAAAAUGGAAGCUCAGCUGACAAUCAUUCCACUGCUGCAUCUGUUAGUCAAGAUAAUGACAACUCUGGCAAUCAGAUUGCCAGGUCAGAUGAAGUAGCAUCAGGUGUGGAUAUGGUUUCAGGGGCUCUGGAAAAUGUGAACAUAAGCAGUAGUGGCCCUGAAUGUCAAGGCAUAUUGGUGAAAGAUGCUGAACCCAUCCGGCCACCUGCAGUCAAUAAAGAAAAGUCUGGACCUGAACCCAUUAUAAUUCCUAUAAUCCUGAAGAUGGCUGAAUUUGACCAUAAGGCUUUGCUGGAGGAGUGGUUAUCUACUCGUGCCAUGGAAAAAUUCCCUGUACAGGACAAGGAUAAGUUAAUUGCUAACUUGAAAACUAUCCAGGACUACCUCUGUUCAUUUAAGUCCCAGGGUUACUCAGUUGUCAAUAUAUCGGCUACAGCUUUCCCUCAGACUUUAGAUUGGCUGCAUAGUUACCUACUUCAGUGCAUUGAGCAAGGUACAACUUCAGUUUCUGCUAAGAGUGAUGGUCAGACUGUGGGAAACUAGGUCAAAAAUAUCAUAGCUUGGUGAAUUGAAGGGCAUCCGAAGACAAGGUAUUGGUGGUUCCCACUUAAUGUGAAUUGUCAAAUACAGAUUCGAGGGACAACUUGUAAUUGAGGAUGAUCUUGAAUGUAAAAUUAUAAACGAGGGUCGGCUUUCUGGUAAUAGGAGAUGGAGGUGUGGAUUGUUAUUAUCGCAAACAAGGGAUGCCUCUCAUUGAACCGCCAUAGCCAGAGACAAUAGGGGUAUAGUUAUUAGCUAU